CACACACUCACUCACUCACACCUCCCCCAGCUCACCUCCUCCCCACCCCAGCAUGGCCGCGUCCACCAUGUCCAUCUGCUCCAGCACCUGCACCGACUCCUGGCAGGUGGAUGACUGCCCAGAGAGCUGCUGCGAGCCCCCGUGCUGUGCCCCCAGCUGCUGCACCCCGGCCUCCUGCCUGACCCUGGUCUGCACCCCAGUGAGCUGUGUGUCCAGCCCCUGCUGCCAGGCGGCCUGUGAGCCCAGCCCCUGCCAAUCAGGCUGCGCCAGCUCCUGCACACCCUCGUGCUGCCAGCAGUCUAGCUGCCAGUCGGCUUGCUGCACCUCCUCCCCCUGCCAGCAGGCCUGCUGCGUGCCUGUCUGCUGCAAGACUGUGUGCUGCGUGACCAUCUGCUGCAAGCCCAUCUGCUGCGUGCCCACCUGCUCUGAGGAUUCCUCUUCAUGCUGCCAGCAGUCUAGCUGCCAAACAGCUUGCUGCACCUCCUCCCCAUGUCAGCAGUCCUCCUGUGUGCCUGUCUGCUCCAAGCCUGUCUGCUGCAAGUCCCUCUGCUGUGUGCCUGUCUGCUCUGGGGCUUCCACGUCAUGCUGCCAGCAGUCUAGCUGCCAGCCGGCUUACUGCACCACCUCCUGCUGCAGACCCUCCUCCUCUGUGUCCCUCCUCUGCCGCCCCGUGUGCAGGUCUGCCUGCUGCGUGCCCAUCUCCUCCUGCUGUGCCCCUGCCUCCUCCUGCCAGCCCAGCUCCUGCUACCCGGCCUCCUGCGUGUCCCUCCUCUGCCGCCCCACAUGCUCCCGCCCGGCCUGCUACAGCCUCUGCUCUGGCCAGAAGUCCAGCUGCUGAUGGCGCUGAAUGUCAUCCAGAGUCCCUUCCCACCUGGGGCUGACCUCCCAGCGGUCCCAGCCAGCUCCUCCCUCUCUGGCAUUGACACCCUCAGAAUAUGGGGCAGGCCCUUUGUCUUAGGGACCAGGAUGCUCCCCCAGUCCUUCCCAGAUGCUGGCUGCAUGGGGGACCCCGGCUGCUUCCCCAGACCCAAGUUCUGCAGAACUAACCCCCAGCAGGCCUGGUUCCACCCUGGGCAGUAGCCCCUCUGAGUUCUAAUAAAGCCACCUCUGUCUCAUACCAA